AUGCCGAAACGGGACGUCGUGCUCACAAAUGUCACAAUUGUCCAGCUACUCCGAGAGCCAUGCCCCGAACCCCCUCCGCCCAUGUCCCUGGACAGAUUCGGACGCAUCGGCCGCCUGGUGCUGCGUGCCUGCCUAGAGAAGGGCGUGAAGGUGGUGGCCGUGAACGACCCGUUCAUCGACCCCGAGUACAUGGUGUACAUGUUUAAGUAUGACUCCACCCACGGCCGAUACAAGGGGAAGGUGGAAUGCAAGAACGGCCGGCUGAUCGUGGAUAACCAGGAGAUCAGUGUCUUCCAGUGCGACCAGCCCAAAGACAUCCCCUGGAAGUCCGUCGGGAGCCCCUAUGUGGUGGAGUCCACUGGCGUGUUCCUGACCUUAGACAAAGCUUCGAAACACCUGGAGGCAGGCGCCCAACGUGUGGUCAUCAGCGCACCUUCACCCGAUGCACCCACGUUUGUCAUGGGGGUGAACGAGAAGGAAUAUAACCCUGGCUCCAUGAGAAUUGUCAGCAACGCAUCCUGUACCACCAACUGCCUGGCCCCCCUCGCCAAGAUCAUCCAUGAGCAAUUUGGGAUUGUGGAAGGGCUGAUGACCACAGUCCACUCCUACACCGCCACCCAGAAGACAGUGGAUGGGCCGUCCAAGAAGGCCUGGCGAGACGGGCGUGGCGCCCACCAGAACAUCAUCCCGGCCUCCACAGGGGCUGCCAAGGCCGUGGGAAAAGUCAUCCCCAAACUCCAAGGGAAGCUGACAGGAAUGGCCUUCCGGGUGCCGACCCCAGACGUGUCUGUCGUGGACCUGACCUGCCGCCUGGCUCAACCAACCCCAUUCUCAACCAUCAAGGAGGCCAUAAAGGCAGCAGCCAAGGGGCCCCUGGCUGGCAUCCUGGCCUACACAGAGGAUGAGGUGGUGUCCACGGACUUUGUCGGCGAGCGCCACUCGUCUAUCUUCGACGCUAAGGCCAGCAUUGCGCUCAAUGACGGCUUCGUGAAGCUCAUUUCCUGGUACGACAACGAGUACGCCUACAGUCACCGGGUGGUCGAUCUCCUCCUCUACAUGUUCGACCGAGACCAGUGAGGCAGGAGGGCCCCAGCCGCCGCCACCUCCCGGCGCUCUCGGGCCCAACCUGCACCUCCCGCUCCCGCACUCGGCUCCUCGCGGGGCAGGAAGGCGCGCGGGGUGAAGGGCCUGCGCCGCUGGCCAAUAGUGAAAUAAAAUAAAUAAAUAAAAGACAGCGGGGC